GGUUUUCUCUCCAGCUUGGACUCAGCUAAACGACACUUGCUCCCUGCGUGCGGCCAGCUCACAGUCGCACACCAAGUACCUCUCGCUGUUUUUUAAAGUUUAUUAGUUUUUCUAAUUAAAAUCAUUUGGAAGGUCUAAUACUUAAAAAUGAUAUUAUUUUCUUUAACCGCUUUAUCAGCGGUUUUGCUCGUUAGUGCGGUGCCGACACCUUCUAACAACAAAGAUGGCGGCAAUAUCGGCGAACUACCAGAGAAUUGGGACCAAACCAAAGACGACACUCAGUCUCUUUUCUUGAACAAGAGUGAUAAAAAUGAUUUGGAACCAUACCCGCUCGCUCUUAGCGAAGAAGGCAAUUCGGAAGGGUAUGAACAAGGCGUAGAACAACGAUUCGACUCUCCUCAGGCAAAUGGCGAAUUGGAUAAUCUUAUAAUGCGACCUGAGUUGUAUGGGGAGCCACCGGCUAUGGAAGGCUUGUCAGCUGGUUACGAUUCCCGUCGACGCAAACGAGGAAGUGGGACAAAGGUCGGAGGAGCCGGCGCAGCAACUAAAGUCGCUACUAAAUCUGGUUCCGGCAAGAAAAACUUAAAGCCUGAAGAUCAUGACGCUCUCUCGCCUUUAGAGCUGAUGACUCACGAUCACGACGCCCCACGACGCAAACGCGGCAGCGGCACAAAAGUAGGCGGAGCUGCCGCCUCCGCUAAAACGGCCACUAAAAACUCUGGUGGCAACAAAAAGAACUACAGGCCUAUUUCUGAACGCCGUAAACGUGAUUCCGGCUUAAGCGCAGCAGACGUACGGGCUCUUCUGAACUUGUGGGAAACUCAGGAACGACGAAAGCAGGAGUGGAACGCAAACCAGUGGGCGGCCGACCGUUACUAUGGACGUAUGAAUACCGAUGAUGAACAACCCGAAAUAGACGAAAAUGGUGAUAUUUGGUUCAACGAGCCUGUGUUAACAAAUGUUGCUAUUGCACCACGAGACCGCGACUACCCCCAUCAUUCCUAUUUCUCUGAGCAGAACCGCAUGGCCAUGAGUCGUGGAUAUCCCGAAAUUUAUCCAGUACAACCUAACGAAUUGGUUCAGCGAUAUGAAGAGGCGCGCCGCAAGAGACAGUACACUAAUAAAAUGAAGCGCUUUAUGGUGGCGAGGAAGCGCUCCGAUGGCAUGAUGCAUCAGAACAACUACAGACCCCGCGACGACUUGUACACGCUCGCUGAGUUACUGCGCUCGGCACCACGCGUGCAGGAGCAGGAUAUUCCUGUAUAUCGACGACUUAUACUGUAAAGCUUUUAACUGAUGAUUGGUGUCCAUUCGGUACCCUUUACUAACGAUAACAUCUUCGUUUUCUACUGAACCGGUCGAGUCUUUCACGUGGCAAUACAAUCGCAUAACAACUUUUACAGUAUAUCUAUGAGACUUCACUCCUCAUUGUUGGAUGGACGCCUUUAUCGCAUUUGGGGCGGGAGAUUGUCGUGCAUUUAAUUCGCACCUUGUAGCGGAUACCUACCAAAUUAGGAAUAGGGAUCAUAGUAUUAAAUCAAGGUCAGAUAUUAUUAAACUUUUUAGUUUACUCUAUAUAUUAUUAAACCUGGCCUAAACGAAAUAGUCUGUACUGUAAGUAACGGAAUCUAACACUAUAGUUUAGUUAGUUUUAAUUUUAGAAUGUUUAGUUUUAAAAUCAUGUUUGAAUUUUCUUCUUUCUACCUCAGUUUGCUGCAUAUCUUUAACAACUUUUAAAAAUCUACCUUCAAAAUAUUAUAAUCGAAAUAUUAAUGAAAUAGGUGUGUUUAUCUAGGUUAUAAUAAUAAUGUUAAUAAAUUAUUCUUCUUUCAUUGAGCGCAUGUGAGUUUGCUGCAACCAGCCGGCAGCAACGACUAUUGGUAACAAUAUUCAAAAUUUUAUUCGUGAGAUUAAAUUUCUCGUUUUAAAAUUAUACCUACAACUAGUAAACAUGUGUAAAUGGUAAACUUGAUGUAUUAAAUUAGUAUUAUCUUAUUA